AUGCGUCUCGCUUGCGACCGUGUUUGGCGUUGCUCGCCGCGGCGCGACCCGCCGGGCGAUGGGCCAGGCGCCGCCCCAUGCGCGGCCGCCAGCGGGGCGGGCCUUCCCUGCUCCCUGGACGUGUUGGCCGGCGGAGGCCCGGAAAAACUGGCCGUCACCAAUACUUGA